CAUUGCAUUCCUCUGACGCCAGGGGGAUAGGGCGCGCUCCUGAAGAGGAAAAACACUGGAAUCUGCUGAAAAAGUCGAGAAGUGUGUACAACCCCUCAAUUUAAUCGAAGUCAUCUGUCUGCCAUCUCAUCCACUUCCGUGGGCUAAGGUUUUCGUUUUUCCUGUAGUCUGCAUAGAAACCUAUGGCCAGUGCUGUGGAUAUGCGCUGAAGCUGACUGAGGAGUCCUUUUGAAUUUUUUGGGAACGGCACACUUUUCUUCGUGUAGUGGAAGAUCCACCGAGAUUUAUCCACGCGGACAGCGGAAAAGAUUCAUUUUGAGCUGCCGACAUGAGUGUGCUGCCGCCCAUUCGGAGGGAUCGGGUCAUAGCCGAGCUGCCUCCGUGCUUCAGCAAAGAGGCUGCCCUGCACACCAAGGAGGAAUUCCACCCCAAAGUCAAGACAGCGUGCCAGGAACAAAAGACUGGCACAGUGGGCAGGUUUAAGAUCUCCAAGGUCAUUGUCGUGGGUGACCUUGCUGUGGGCAAAACCUGUCUGAUUAAUAGGUUUUGUAAGGACACUUUUGACAAGAACUACAAGGCCACCAUAGGCGUGGACUUUGAGAUGGAGCGGUUUGAGGUCCUGGGUGUCCCUUUCAGCUUGCAGCUGUGGGAUACUGCAGGGCAGGAGAGAUUUAAAUGUAUUGCCUCUACAUACUACAGAGGGGCUCAAGCGAUCAUAAUUGUGUUUGACUUGACGGAUGUGUCAUCGCUGGCUCAUGCCAGGCAGUGGCUGGAAGAUGCGAUGAAGGAGAAUGACCCGUCCAGUGUGAUGCUCUUCCUGGUUGGCACCAAGAAAGACCUGAGUUCCCCUGCACAGUAUGGUCAGAUUGAGGAGGAUGCUGUGCGACUCUCGGAGGAGAUCAAAGCUGAGUACUGGGCUGUCUCUGCUCUAUUAGGAGAGGGCGUGAGGGAGUUUUUCUUCCGUGUGGCGUCCCUAACCUUCGAGGCCAACGUCCUAGCAGAGCUGGAGAAGAGUGGAUCGCGACGCAUCGGGGAAGUUAUUAAAAUCACCAGCAAUUCCAGCAACACACACACCACAUCCAAGAAGAAGCACCCUAACUGCUGCCAAUGACGGAGAUCAUUCUGGAAUAUAUUCACUGAAUGCUAUAAGCGGAGAGCAUACCAAACCCAGACACGUGUUCCUUCCUGCAUAGGAAAGGUCUUAAAGGGGGGGUGACACAAUGACAAGAGUGUUUACCUCUCAAAAAAAUACAAAGAAUUUUAGGGGCUGUCCAAAGACUGAGAUUAUUUAUUCGAUCUGUUUUUGUUCGUGAGGUUGGAAUGUCAGCUGGCCUGGUGAGAGGUGAUGUGUUUUUUUUGGUCGCCGCCCUAGUUUUUGUCCCACAUGUGGUGAACCCUGAGAGUGUUAUGCAUAAGCAUUUGAGAGUUUAAACAGCAUUUUUUUUAUUUACUUAUUUUAGUAUCAUAUAAAUGGUAAGGAGUUGGUACUUUGCAAGUGUGUAUCCUUUAAAAAUGGAUUGUUUUUGCGUUGCAUCUUUAGACCAAGUUAAGUUGGUAUGCUAUGAUUUCCUGUGUGUCCAAUCAAUAUUUAGGUACAAAUACAAUGAGGGAGGUCCUGCAGUGUACUGAGAAGUAAUGUAAAGUUAAAAUGGUCCACGCAAAGUUUGUGGAUAACCAGAGCAAACUAUACAUUACAUAUAUGAGCUUACUGAGGAAAGUGGCAAUUGUUUACAGCUUUAAUAAGCCAUCAAAUGAGAGAUGCAAUACUACUAGUUAUGUAAUUAGAAUAUGUAGUUUGAAUAAUAUUUGAAAGUCCCUCCAUUUUUGCUUUUUUUUAUUUUUGUCAAGUUAUGCAAACAUCACACAAGACUGCUAAAGAAAAUAAAGAUAACCUUUCUGAGGUAAUGUCAA